UUUUUGUACCCAAGCUCUUGGAUAUGAAUCCCUCAUUAAUAACUCUGGUUACCAAGAAAAUGACAAGAAGACCAAAAGCGUCGGUCAUGAUAAUGCUCCUAAACCAACCUCUCCUCCAAGCAAACCUCAAUCACACACCCGUGUUUGUUUCAGCCCCACAUCUCUUCCUCUGAAUUUUCCCACAAAAAGAAAAAAAAAAAAAAAAAAAAAAAAAACCAUGCUUGAUCCUGCGACAAAACUGCUCCAAAAUGGUACCCGAUCCUCUGAUCACAUCGGUCAUGUAAGUGACAGUUCUGGUAAUAGUUAUCAAGCCCGGAACUAUGGCUCCCGGGCUCGAAAAGCAGCUCAAAACUACACGAAAUAUAACAGCUGGAAUGGCACGGAAGUGCGGUUUGCACCGGAAGUGAAGGCGGUUGACGACUCUGAUAUCUGUUCGCCACCUUUAUGGACGACAAGUCCGCCGGAAAGCCCUCAGCACCGGGAAAACCACUACCGGAGCCUGUCUCCAAAAUCGAGAACCGAAGCCAUUGCCAGAGGCCAGCAGGAGCUCAUGGAAAUGGUGCGGAACAUGCCUGAGUCGUGCUACGAGCUUACGUUGAAGGACCUCGUGGAGCAGCCCUUGGUUGAACCUCCGCGCGAGAGCGUGUCCGAAGAGAGAGAUCCGAGCACUGAAGUUUUGUAUAGGAGGGAGAGCAGCAGGAAGAUGAGUGGUAAGAGGGCACUCGUGAGAAGAAGUACCAGCGGCAUAGAUGGCGGAGGGCUUUAUCUUAAGAUGGGCUUUCCCAUAUUUUUAGGGUCGAGGAAGAACAAUAAGAAAAAUGAGCCUGUCACAAAUACUAAUGCAAAAGUCCCUCCCAAGCCUCCGGUGCCGGAUGGAUCUGCAAAGGUUGUAGAUAAGGAGUGGUGGAAGAAGAGAUUUUCGGUAUCCGGGGAGAGUGAAAGUGGUGGGUCGAUUAGCAAUAGCGGAAGCAUGAAAAGCAGCGGCAGCAGCAGCAGCAGCAGCAGAAGCAGCAUCGACAGAAGCAGAAGCAGAAGCAGAAGCAGCAGCAGGCAUGGCAGUGGUAGCUGCUGGUGCUUCAUCCGCACCAAGAAAAAGCAUAUUUCGGAGUAAAUAAGCUGCCUCUAAUGAAAAAAAAAAAAAUAGGGGUACAAUAUAUAUUUUCAUGUAAUUAUCCUUCAAAGAAUGUUUAGUUACACUACAGUAUACAAGAUCAUUGCAGAGAAAGUUUGCAACUUAGUAUGUUUAUAUUCUUUACAGAUUUUCAAAGAG